GUGUCUUACCAAAAAAGUGAGUACUAUCGAAUUUGAGACAAAGAGCUUAGUGUUUACUUGUCAGGGAUAUACUAUUGUCUCAACGAAAGCUUGUAAUUCUUGACCACGACAGAUGUGUUGGUGUUACCCCUGGCGAACUCGUAGCAUCCCAAAGUGAUCCACACGAUCGUGAUGGAUGCCGUUUACCUUAUCGACCACGCUUUAAGAGGCCUCCGGCAAACUGAUCUGGCUUAUACACACGGCGGGCGUCCACGGGGCUGUGGGAGCAGGAGAGGCCAAUGCACAAGGGCCUCGUGCGGAAGCUGCCUCAGCCGGUCAGCUUUUGUGUCACGGGGCUCCUGCCCAACAUGGUGUGGCGUGUGCAGCGCUACGGCCUGUAGUUCAGUUACAAGGUUAAGGCCUGCGUCUUCAUAGAUGACGGGGUCGAUGUCAAGGGGAAUGGCUUCGUCGAGGACAGAACCGACAGGACAGCGAACUAGAGCAUCUACUGAGACCUGCCCGCUGCCUGAACCAUCCUGUCGAACCCGGGCUUGAGCAACGCCUUGUUUUCCCUCAGCGCCAUCAACUCCGUGUCCAUCGCCCCAGAGCCGAUUUAGCGAUAUGGGGCACAAGAUUUGUACAUCUCUCAGUUUGUAGGGUCUACGUGGAGUAAAUAUUUCCAUAUUGACAUGAUGCACACUGGGGAUGAGUAAUACACAUGGGAUAUAUUGACAGCUGUGUACAUUCUGGACCCUUUAAUUAUGGAAAUUGAGUCUGUACCGCUGGAUGUUGUGGUGCAAAAGAACCAAAGCGAGAGGAGGACUAUCCGCUCGGAAGAUUUAUUGUGCAACACAUAUCUGAAAUAAACCUCAGCGCGCAGGAGUUCUAUGUUUUUGACGUCUUGAAUAUGAAAAAAAAAUGAUGAAGGUUUCGCAAGGAUAUUCUUUUUAAUUGACAUCAAUAUUAAAUAAAUUUCAUCCUAUUUCUUGCUUAAGUGUUAACUGGAUAUACAGAUCAAAUAAACGUUAAGUAUUAUUAUUAUUUUUUUCUUUUUAUAUCUGCUGAACAAAACUGAAAAGGACACAGGCUAAUUGCUUCAAAGCAUCGCAAUACGAAUGACGAACCCAAUCACUGAAAAUGUUACUUUUUUUCUUACCUUUGUGUUUUCUUAACAUGCGUUUCAAUAUCGAAAAUAUUUACAUUUCUUAAAUAUUAAAGAAUAGUAAACAAGAUGGACAAUUCAUCAGGACAAGCCUCGUUUUUGUGUUUCCCUUCGAUACUCGGUUCUCACGAAGGAAAACAGGCUAUUUCCAAUCCAACUUUUGUGACUAAAUCCGAUUAUCAAGCAUUUUACAAUUACAAAGCCUCCAAAGGCAGAACGCUUUUAAGAGAUCAGACGACUUUGGAUACGGAAUUGCCCACUCUACUUCCAAAAGGAUUGCAUUACAUAGCCAAUUUUGUGUCUUUUGAUGAUCUCUAUUCAGAUGGAGCGUUCAAGCAAUCGAAACGAAGCCUAGUCAAUAUCACCAGCGAGCAUCUCUCUCUCCUUUAUCGGGCCAAGUGUAUUGAUAGAGACUUGGCCCCGUCGUGGGAGAGGGAGGUGAGGUUCAUGGAAUUUAUUAGCAGCACUUGUAAAGACAACAUCUUUUCCCUUCCCGAGAGUGGUCUGGGACCGGCAAGCGCUGAGGUCAUCAAAUGCAUUCUGUCGAACAACAAAACGUACAGUGUUCUGGAUUUGAGCGACAAUUACUUGAGAGAUGAUGGCGUUAAAUCCAUCGGGGAGCUUUUACAGGUAAACCGAACCAUCGUACAUGUUGGACUGAGCUCUAACGAUAUGAGCUACAAAGGAGUCUUUGCUAUUGCAAGCGCUUUGGAAGACAACAAAACUGUUAUUUCCCUGGAUCUGGGCGCUAAGUCAGGAGUGAAUGCUAAUCACAUCGGAAGCCAAGGGGCGGAGGCGCUUGGCAAACUUCUCAAGGUCAACAAAGUGCUCUCAAGGCUCAAUUUGGGCAGCAAUGGACUUGGGGCAAGUGGUCUCUCGUUUUUUCAAUCUAGCCUAAUUGAUAACACCACCCUAACCCAUCUGAAUCUCAAUAGCAAUAAUCUAGGCCGUGAUGGCGCGCGAAUCCUCGCUGAGAUAUUGGAGUGUGGUCGUCUCGUUCACCUUUCCCUCGAACGAAAUGCCCUAACAGAUAUUGGUGGCCACAUCAUCAUUCAGGCCAUUCAUUCAGCGAUACGAAAUGGUGAAUGCUUGUUGGAGCACUUAGACCUCAAGAACAACGGCCUUGGUGAACAUUCGGCGAAGGUUAUUGGCAAGGUCCUACCCAACGCUUCCAUUUUGCGAUCGCUAGAUCUAUCAUCUAACGAAUUUGCUGAGUCGGCAAAUUUCAUAGCGGAGGGUCUUAUGGAGAACAAGUCUGUUAGCACGCUCGAUAUGAGCAAUUGUAAAAUCCGAGAAAACGUUGGAGUGCACUUUGGAAAUGCACUUAUUGUGAAUACUACGUUAAAAUCCUUGAAUUUUAGCAAAAACAAACUGAAGGACCGGGGCGCGAAGGAGAUCUCGCGCGGUUUAGCGGUGAACAAGGCCUUAAUUUCUUUGAAUCUUUCUUCCAACAUGAUUGGUGAUGAAGGUGGGAAGGCUCUUGCCACUGCCCUAGUUUCGAACAACACACUUCGUAAGCUUGAUUUGAAGCGGAAUACUAUGUCUACUAUGACGGGCAACCUCCUUUAUAAAAGCCUCUGUGGUUGUUCGUCUGUCGACCAUCUAGAUGUUACCUACAACGAUUUUUCGUACAAAUGUUUUAUGAAUAUAAAAGCCUGCCUUGAUCGGAAUGCGCAGGCCAACAAACAAUUGAUUAUUCCCAAACUAAAGGACGAAAUAGAGGUUUUAGAGCCCAAACAGAUGGAGCUUUUUCAAACGCAAGAGAAGAUCGACAUGGAAAAGAGGAUCAUUAAGGACAGAAAGGAGCAGCUUCUGAGGAAGACCGAAGAAACUCGAGUUAUAUCGGAAAAAAUGAAGCGAAAUAUUUUCGACUUAGAGAAGAAUACAGAGCGAUUACGCGUCAUAUGUGAGGCCGAGGAGAGCGUAUUCCAGCGCACGGGGGAUGAGUUGACAGCUGAAAUAUCUUCGUACAAGAUUAAGAAGGUUGGCUUGGGCACGCGAAUUCAGCAGGAGAAGGAAAAAGCCGAUAAAAUCGCUAGAGAAAUUGAAAAAAUGCGGAUUCAGAUAAAAAGAAUUGAACAAAGCGAAAACGAGCAUUUGGCUCCUCUGCUGAAUGAUUUAAGCAAUGCAAAUGAAGAUAGAGAUCAAGAAGAGAGAGAUGCAAAAUCCGAGGCAGAAAAGUUAGAAGCCCUUACCCAACGCCAAAAAGAACUCGAAGCCAUCCUUAGUCGCCAUAGUGCAAAAAGAUAA